AGAAUUGUUGGUGUCUAUCCGAAUGUUGAGAUGCAUGCCCUUUCGCAACGCCGGUGACUAUCCUAUAUCAACAGUUUCGGAUGAAAAAAUCUUUUAUUCAGCUUUGGCUACUUCUUGGAAUCCACGAAAAAUUUCGCCAUUCUUGGCAAUUAGCAAUUACUGGGAAACUCUAAAACUACGAGGGUGGUCCGGCCGAUGUCAGGUAGGUUGAUCCUCUGACAAAUAUGAUUGAAGGGCACUCAUACGUACCGACAAGGUUUUAGAGAUGGAGACUCACAACUAAAAAACGUCAUGUCAUAGAGCUUACCGAACAGACGUUCACACAGAGGGAUAGGUUGCAUGUGUAUGUAUGAGGGAG